AUGGAAGAAGAAUCAAGCGAAGAUGAAGAAGUCCAUCCUGAUGUCACCAUUGAAAAAACUGCUAGCGGGAUUUAUAACUUGGUGAUCAACGAAGCAGUUAAAAGAGAAAUAUGCAAGGACUGGUGGGAAUCCAUCAUCGUAAAGCUUCUGGGCAGAAAGAUCUCACUACUGGCUCUAGAGAGGAGACUAGAAUCAAUGUGGGAGUUUAACCCUCAAACAGCAACCAUUAACAAUAUUGCUGUGUGGGUAAGACUUCCUGGUUUGGCGAUAGAAUACUACAAUAGAACAAUUCUGGAGAAGAUAGGAAGCAUUGUGGGAAGAACUUUGAAGGUGGAUACGAAUACGAAAAGCGUCUCCAGAGGAAAAUACGCAAGAAUAUGCGUAGAGGUGGAUCUAGACAAGCCCCUGGUAUCCCAGUACCAGAUUAACGGAGCCACAUAUCUGGUGGAAUAUGAAGGCCUACAUUUGGUGUGUUUCCAGUGUGAAAAAUUUGGACAUGAUAAAGCUGUUUGUCUAGAUCUCAAAAACCUCCCAAAUGCAGGAAAUAAUGAACAGAUGAACAGGAUGGAAGAUCAAGCGACGAGAGAGAAGGUUGAAGGAAAGGGCAAUAAUGAAAAAACGAAAGAAAACAAGGGUAAGGAAGUCACUUCUGAAGAUCCACACGGCUAUGGCCCUUGGAUGUUGGUACAACGUACACAACGUGAAAGGAAAUCUGCCAAAAACAGUGAAUGUACAAGUAGUGGGAGUGCACAAAAAGGAAAGGAGAAGGAUGAUAAUAAUGGUAGACAAAAAUCCCGCUUUGCAGUGCUGCAGGAGGUCGUUAUGGAAAAAGAGAAUGAAUCAGAAGCAUCCAAAGAAAACAACAAUACUACUUCACUGAGCCAAAGAAAUAACAACAAAGAGAAUGAAGAAGGGAGAAACCAGAGAGAACCUAACAGAGAGGCAAGUCUGCAACCCUCAAAAUCUGCAUCCGGCCCUAAAAUCAUUAGCCCAAAACCUGCACAUGACCAGACCAAACCAGCAACCCAACCCACUAUAAAUGGCCAACCCAAAAUUAAUAGCCCAAAAUCUGCUCACAAUCUGCCCCAAACACUGAGCCCAAAAGAAUCUUCCCAGCAAUCUGAGAUGAUUACUUCUGGGUUGGUGGUAGAGGAACCCGAAAAACCUCCAGACCCAACAGACUUAACACACAUGGAUUUUGGAUCAGUGAAUAGCAAUGUGCUUGUUGAGGCUAUGGAGAUUUUUGAAAAAGAAGUAUGUGAAGCAAAGACCCAUGAGAGAACCUCUCCACGCAAUGUGGAGAAAAUGCAAUGCCAAUGA